AUGAGAUUGCUAGAAAACGCCGGCUUCGGAGCUCUUGUUUUACUCGGCAUCGAAGAAGGCCGUCGCACAUGUGUCAACGGAUUGCCAGUAAUAUCGUCGAGUAUUCGAAUGCUGGGUCGGUUCGAAAAGUUGAAAAGCAUCCGGCAUCCUGCGCUAUGUGCUUAUAUCGAGCUUGUUCGGUGCACUCUAGUUCCGAAUGCCGUUAUCUUGAUCUCUGAACAUCACAAGCUGUCACUCUCAUCACUAUUAUCAAGUAGAAGUCUUUCUUCUGAAGAGAUACUCAAUGUAAUAUCGCAAAUUGCUGGAGGAGUUUCCGCACUUCAUGAUGCUGGUAUUUGUGCGGGAGUACUUAAUCCUGAUUCCGUCGUGAUACUUGAAAGCGAAGAAGAGAGAUUGAUGGCUGUUCGUCUUACCCAGUACGCAGUGAGUUAUAUUUCCAAGGAUGGCUUUGAUAUACAGAACGGAUUGCCUAUUGGUUUUUCUAUAGCUCCUGAACAGCUCUUGAAAGGAUUGAAAUCUGGAGGAACAACUUUCAAAACGGAUGUGUGGGCAGUCGGGAUUGUAUUACUGGAAAUGGCCACGGGUGUCUUGUUGCGGGAAGUUUGGUCGCUGAAGCAAUACAUGACUAUUUUGAAGUGUAGCAUGUCGAGAGCUGUCAAUGGUUCACUUCUGGACCCAAUACUGAAAGCGCUGCGAUCAGUGUCUCAUUCGGCAAGGGAUAUCUCGGAAUUGGACCAAAAAUUACUCACUAUUUUGGAGAAGUGUCUUUCAUUAUUGCCUUCGAAACGUCCCACUCCGGAUGAGAUUUUUUGCUUUACUCGUCAACUACAUGAUUCUGAACCGUCCUACUUUGAAUCUGUGGAAAGUCUUAGCGAAAAAAUGAGCUCUAGCGGCAGUAGAGAUUGGAUUCUACGGGAAAUGCCAGUGGAAGAUGCACUGUUUCUUUGGAGGCUUUGUGGCUCUUCAGCCGAGGCAUUGUUGAUACGAAACAACGUCAUCACGCUACGUCAUCAGGUGCUCACAAACCCAAGUAUCGUGGUUGAAGACCUUCGGAUGUUUGGUAACGAUGAAGCUCGAAGGCCUUGCGUAAAACCUGGUGUUGUAAUGCUUCCUGAUAAGAACAUUCGCGAAAAAUUGCGUACGAUAGCGUCAGAGGACAUUUUCCUGCAAUCUUCUCUUGCUGCAACAGAGUCCAGCAUUUCUCAGAAUGAUAAUUUAUCGGUCAUAGUUAAGGAAAAAGACAUGUUAUACCAGGCAUCUCGUAUGCGGCUUAUCAGUCAUCUCUUAGCUUCGCGUUUCUAUAAACAGCAAGAACUACUCGUGUCGGUAGCUCCAGAUGUUCCACCUAUGAGGAGAGCUGACGUUUGGUGCGCUUUACUGGAUGUGCGAUCAAGUGAUGAGUGGAACUUCUAUCUUUCCAACACGUUGGCUGUACAUGUGAGCGAUAGGCAACUAGACGUAGAUAUACCUCGUUGUCAUCAGUACGAGGAGUUGAUGACGUCCCCCGCGGCGCAUUAUGGAUUACGUCGUCUUCUCAAAGCAUGGCUCAUUACUCAUCCGCAGUAUGUUUACUGGCAGGGGUGUGACAGUCUUGCAGCGCCUUUCCUAUUGUUACAUUUUAAUCAUCUGCCGACCGCAUUAGCCUGUCUCACUGCAUUCAUAAAGAAGUAUCUCAACAAUUUCUUCCUAAAAGAUAAUUCUGCUGUGAUUCAAGAACAACUUGCUGUAUUUAACCAUCUGUUGGCGUUUGUGGACGCAAAGUUGUACACCCGUUUGGCGUCUAUGGAAUUUUACCCAGAAUUGUUUGCUAUUCCAUGGUUUCUCACUUGCUUUGCCCACGUGCUACCUAUUCACAAACUGUUUCACAUCUGGGAUCAGCUCCUGCAAAGAGAUUCUUCGUUUCCUUUGUUCAUAGGUCUGGCUAUUUUACGUCAACUUCGACCUACUCUCAUAGAUGCAUCGUUUAAUGACGCAAUCUUGUUGUUCUCCGACUUACCUGAUCUUUCCAUGGAGGUGGUCGUCUCAGAUUCUGUAGCAUACUACGAUCGCGUUCCUCCUAGUUGCGCUUUCCGUUCGCACGCCAUCACUAAUGAAACGCCAAUAGAAGCGCCCCGAGGACUACCGUGCAGUCUUCGACACGUGCCUUACAAAGAGAUGAAGAAGUGGCACUGCCCUCGACUGUCACGUGAGGAGUUUGCAUGGAGAGUUACGGACCAGCUAGUCGUCGCAAUUGAUAUUCGUCCUCAGAUUGAGUUUGGGAGAGGUUGCGUCUUACGAUCAAUAAAUUAUCCCAACGUCAGUGACAAGUCGUUACUGAAUAUUGCCGAGCCAAUGAAACUCGCUCAAAGAAAUCAGCACCCAAUUUGUAUUGUUGGUGGCAAGGAUGUCGAUGUAACUCGAAAGUUCUCCGGUGAUCUUGUGAAUCUCGGAAUUGAUGGCAUUUGCGUGCUGGAUGGAGGGUUCGAGUCGAUUCGUCAUGAUACGUCACUUAUUCAUGUACCUCAUUAG